UUUUGUCGUUGUUGUUGUUGGUUGUGGUUGGUAAGGAAGGGAAUGGCGAUGGUUGGGCAGCGUCCUCGGCGUGUUGAAGUCACGGCGGCGUACAUGAUACUCGUAAUAAUAGUGGUGGUAGUCAGCGAUCUGUCAAACUGUGUGAGAGCCGAGAAGUCGGUGUCGGCAUUCGUGCAGAACGCCAUAUUGUCCAACAAGAUUGUCAUCUUCUCCAAGUCCUACUGCCCGUAUUGCUUGCGCUCGAAACGAAUUUUCAGCCAACUUAAGGAACAGCCUUUUGUUGUGGAGCUUGAUCUCAGAGAGGAUGGAGAUCAAAUACAGUACGAGCUUCUGGAGUUUGUUGGUCGCCGUACUGUCCCGCAAGUUUUUGUAAACGGCAAGCAUAUUGGUGGAUCUGAUGAUCUUGCAGAUGCUGUGGAGAAUGGUCAGUUGCAAAAGCUUCUUGCUGCUAGUUAGACUUUUUUUAAGAAGCUGGAAUGGAUUUGAUCAUGGAACCUUAUGUGUUUGUUAUUUAGGGGAAUCUUUGGUAGUAAACUGAAUCAAGGAAUUGCUCUUCACUGACUUUUAAUAGCUCCUUCCUUAUAUAAUAAAAAAGUUAUGAUGGUAUAAACUCUUUUUAUCUUGAUCUGUUAUUGUAUUGAUCUGCUGAUUGUUUGGCUUA